AUGAUUCUUUCCGGCAUCACCGCCAUGAUGGCGCUUAUCGCCUCAGCCGUCGCCAUUGCCCUGCCAGCCGAGCACAUCGAGGUGCCGCCGCCCAACCCAGCUCCCAUCGUCACCAGCAACCUCUUCGACUUUUCCGUGACGCACUUCGAAGCUCAAGCGGUGGCGCUCAGCGACCAGAGCUACGUCAACUUCCACCUCACCCCCUACCCCACCGCAACCCCAGCCCACUGCUUCGCCCUCAGCACCACCACCAACCACUCCCUAACCUCAAUCCCGCAAACCUGGUGCCACCACGGCCCGGACUUCAUCGACGACGACCCGCAGGACUGGACGCACGACCACGUGUGGUUCUCGUGGACGAUGGGCGGCGACGUCGACCCGGCGGACCCGACGACGCGCGGGCGUGGUGGCAUCGACCAGCAGCAGCAGCAGACGACGGGCGGCGGCGGCGGCGGCGCGUACCUGCGGGUGGUGCGCCAGGUGGACGCGCGCACGUACGACGAGUCGGUUGCGUAUUUUGAGGAGGGGGUUUUGGAGGUGGUGGGGGAGGGCAUGUUUGUGCGGCAGGUGUAUACGGGCAGGGAGGAGUUUACGAUGCCGGCGUUGAGGUUUGAGGGGGUGGGGCACUGA